AAUGCAUCACCGGUGGUCUUUUGUUUGAAACCUGCAAAUUUGUAGCAGAUCGUGACCAGGGCGAAUGUUUUUCUCAAAACAUGUUAUGUUCAUUUGCACGUUCAGCAAACCUUAACUCGCCAUAGACCGUGUCCGACGACUCGAGUUUCUUUCAGAGUUUUUCGCUGUGAACUGUCAACACCUACAUUACGGUCGGCGAUGGCUGGACCUCCGAUGAUCGAAGGAUCUUUGAAGAACACAAUUCACGCACUCGCAUUUGGUCUUAUUUGCGCCACGUUAGCUGUAAACUUUGGAAAAUAUUUCGUGCCUCAUUUUUUCCCGUACAUGGUGGGGAUCAUUAUCUUGAUCGAGGCAGUUUUGUUCGCGCUGGAUAGACCGAAAGACAACUAUGAGAAAUUCCAAGUUCAUGGAAUAAGAGGAACCCACACAAUUGAAGGAUCUCCUCAGAUAACAGUGUCCGGGCCAAGUGAAGAUCCUGAAGCUACACCCACUAAGAAGGGGAAGAUGAAAGACAAGCUGAAGAAGGGAAGGCGAGAGAGUGGUGUUCCUGGUUCGCCAAGGCAAAGCCUUGUUCCUCCUCCGAGUCUUGGACAAGAAGCAAUGGAAGGAAAAGAGACGGGGAAGGAUAAAGUCAAAGAAAAGUCUGACAAGGAGAAGAAGAAGGAAGAAGAAAAAGAAAAGAAGAAAGAGAAGGAAGAGGAAAAGGAAAGAAUCAAAGCUGAAAAGAAAGAGGAGAAGGAGAAAGGUACAGAUGGCGAUGAAGAAAAAGGAAGCUCUUGGAGAAAAAGGCGUGCAAAGACUAAUAAACAGAACUCGGUGUAAUUACCCAUGCAAGAACGAUCAUGAAAUGACAAAGUAGCUUCCAUUAGCUUGUCAACAGGUGCACUGAGCUUAAUAACGGACAUUUCACAUAGCCUUGCACUGAGUACUUCCCUAAUAACAGGAUAGCAAUGUAGCAACGAGCAGAUCGAGUACUAUUGUCAAAAAAAGUCUAGUACAAUUUUUAUGGCCGUGCUGAAAUGGGGUGUUACUUCUAAACCAGCGAACAAAUCAGUUGGACUAAAAUCUUUGCAAACUUAAAUUGCCAUAAAUUGUUAGUUUUACUUUGUCGUAUCGAGCAAUAUUUUGUUUUUCCUAUUUAUCAGCCAUUUUAUACAGUUCUGCCUGCUUACCUUGACAUCUAUGUAACCUUGGUAACCUUGACAGUCACAGCUGGCUUGUUUACCUUGCUACUGUCGCAAAAUUAAUGACGCAACGGAGUUGGUAUUCUGAGUAAAAGAAUGUGUGACCGUUAAUCGAAGAAGGAAAAGAACUCCUAAAUUUAUUUAUCUAGUGAGCAUCAGAAGGGGAAAUAUUUCAUUCUUUUAGCUCAAGUUUCUUUUUACUAGUCUGGUUUAAUGGGAGUAUUUGCUAUAGUGAAUGAGUCUUGUUACUCGAGCAACAAGUCCAGUGAAGCUUGUAAU